GAUGGUGUUAUGUCAUCAGACGUGGUUACUUUACCCCGCUCCACAUGUAUAACCGCACACUUAUCCACCCCAAGUUCCAUGCCAAUGGAGCUGCUAAAAUCACACGUGAUUUUUAGCAGCUCCGUUAACCUGGACCUAUUAGGCGCAAAUAAUUUGAGAUCAUCCAUGUAGAGCAGAUGGUUAAGUCUUAGGCCACCCCUGCGAAGCUGAAAUCCGGAUCCUAAUCUCUCAAGCAAAUAGCUUAGAGGGUUUAGUGCCAGGCAAAACCAUAGAGGACUCAGGCAAUCGCCCUGGAAAAUACCCCGCCGUAUCUUUAUUCGGUCCUCCGCGUCAGACAGCCGCUUACCUUGGAGACAAAGCAUUGUACUCCAUUGCCCCAUACAUGUUCCGAGAAGCCCUCGGAUCGAAGGAUCGAUCUUAUAAAGUUCCAGGACUCUCGUUAACCAUGUAUGGGGGACCGAGUCAAAUGCUUUUUUAUAGUCAAUCCAGGCAGCGGAUAAGUUGCGUCUGUUACGCUUGACCUGCUGACCAAUAACCGUGUCGAUCAGGAGAAGCUCCUUAGUUCCGCGACCACCCGCCCGACAUCCAUUCUGUGUAUCUGCCAAAAUUCUAUUGCCAUCUAUAUGCUUGGCAAUUUUGGCCGCCAGUACAGAUGUCAAUGCCUUGUAGAUGGUAGGUAGGCACGUAAUUGGGCGGUAUUGUGACGGGUCAGCGGAGCGGUUGGAUUUAGGAGCUAGAUAAGUGACCCCAGUAGUGAGGAAGUUUGGAAGCAAGCGGUGCUCAAUCGCUUCUCCAAAUUGGCGGGCUAAGGUAGCAUGGCAUGCGUUGAACCCUUUCAGCCAGUAAGUCUGAAGUCCGUCUACCCCUGGAGUUUUCCAGUUCGGGCAUUUUCGGACUGCUGCGCUGAUGUCGUCUCUUGUGACAACAACAGGGUCCAUGGGUGGUAAGGCUACACACGCUUCCUCCAGCUCCAUCAUCCAAGCACCUUCGACGUGCUCAGCAGCAUGAGACCAUAUUCCACGCCAAAAGGCAAUCAGGUCCGCCUUUUCGGGUUGUGGCCCCAUGUGUGCUUUCCGAGCCCCAGAUUGAAGGUACUUGUAGAACUUCCUUUGGUCACUUUCGAAGAGACGAUUCUCACGGUGUCUCCUUGUUGUUUCAGAGUACCGUCUAAUGCGUUUCCCCCAAGCUGCGACCUGCUGUUUCAGGGUGUCGAUGCGCACUGUCACUAUUCGCAAUAGCUCUGCCUGGGGCAGAUUGUGAGAUAUCUCACUGAUUGCAGACCUGACAAAGCGCAUCACUCGCGGUCUUGUGUUACCGGCCCUAAAAGCAGUAAGCUUACCGAUGAGGACUCUGGCAUUAGCGAUUCGAGUUUCGAUACGACGCCUCCAAGCAGGUGUCGUAUGUCGCUGCGGAGAUCCUCUUCCCGUAUUCGAGAAGUUAAUCCCCACCGCUCGACACACGACUACCGCCGCAGCGUAUAGUAUCGAUCCCGUAUCACCAAUGUCAGUACUGGUUUCCAAAUAUGGCGGCAGUAAUUUAUUAACGGUCUCAACGGUAAGUCUGGUCGACGCUCUAUAGGGAACGCGAGGAAGCUGGGAGCGCUGCUCAACCGGUAUUCCUCGGUAAUGAGAGAUCGUCUCCUCAAGCUCUCUCCUGAUCUUGUCCAUGUCCUGGGUAGCUAUUUCCUCAGUUUCCCCCGCUCCGAUCGCAUUGGUCUCCACCCCGGUGUUCUCCUCAAAAAGGACUGACACAUCGGGUGGGUCAUCAACGCCCAUCGGUUCAGGGGCUUCCGCGGAAACAGCCGCACAUCCUAGUUGUUCGAGUUCGGAGGCGCUAAAGAUGUUCCUGCGCAAGAUGUAUCGAACUCGGUCCACCAGAUUUUGUUCAGUGAGGGUGAUGUUGGGUUCCAAGAUGUUGAAUUCGCGGAGCAGUCGCACUCGGUACCCAGUCCGGUUGGUUUCACCCUCAGUCGCCCUAUAAUAUGCUCGCAUGGCAUUUUUAUUUUGGUCAGCUGACCAUCUCAUGCGAGUCUUUUUAUUGUUUCCACCAGUAGCGGACUCCAUAUGCUGGGUCGUUGCCGGCCCUGCUGUCGUCAAGCUUACUGGUGGGGAUGGUGGGUUCGACCGACCAGGUGGUCGGGUCGGUCGGCGGGAUUGGCUGGCGUCCCGCAUGCUGCCGCGCCCAGCGCCAGCUCCAGGCGCGCCCUGGCGACCCCCAGGAAGCGGCCCAGUUCGCAUUCUAUUCUCUUCCAUCCAUAUAACAGGCUUUAUACACUCGAGGGUCGCCCACGUCCCCGAGGAAACCAUUUUGCAAUGCAUCGUUUCCCAGAUGCAAAAAAAUUCCCUGAGAGAUUGAAAACUUGGGUUAAUCUUGUUGGAGGAAGACUUGAAACAUUGUCAGAUAUUGAAUAUUACAAGAAACAGGUUAUUUGUGACAUACAUUUCUGUGAAACUUACAGAAAUCGAAAUAAUCGGUUGAACGCAUUGGCAGUUCCAACACUUCAUCUGCCUGGCCUAAAUUUGAGUCAAAUCACAUCGGGACAAGCUUCAACUUCCACACAACAUAAUUUAGAACCUACUUUAAUACAGCAGGAAAAUUCAGAACCAUCUGUGAGCCAUGCUACUUCAGAACAACCAUCACCAUCAUUACACAACCUGCUGCCUUCAACAUCGCAACCUAUAGCUGCAGAUCCAUCUCAAACAUUUUCUUUGGUGAACAACAUGAUGAUGGAACAUAAUUACAGUGCUAUUAGCAGGCCUAGAAGAAAAACUGUGAAAGAUCCAGCAGCUCCACUGCGCACGAAGAUUAAGCAACUGCAAACUGAUUAAUUAUGCGUUUGCGGAAGAAGGGGGAGUCUUUCAAGGCAAGAUUAAAAAGCGCUGAAGACUAUUCAAACAAUACCCUGUUCAAGCAUUUCGCUAAUAAUUUUAAGAAACCCGCACGACUCUUUUUAAGUAUGCAAUUGCAGGCUGCAAAAAAUCCAAAAGGGCGUCGUUUCACGACGGAAGAGAAAAUAUUAGCGCUUUCGCUUUAUAAGAAAAGCCCGAAAUCGUAUUCAUUGUUAAAUAAAUAUUUUACUCUGCCAUCGGCUAAAUCAAUGAAGCGCCUUCUGGGAUCCAUUAAAAUAAAUGCCGGGAUAAAUCCCAUUGUUUUUGAAAAAAAAAAACAAAACACUUAGCGAAAAAAACGAAAAUGAUCGUUUGUGCUCAUUAAUGUUUGACGAAAUGUCCUUGACUCCGCAAGUGAACUACAACUGUCAAAAAGAUAGUUUCGAAGGCUUCGCGAUUAAUAAACUGGGCCAUUUUGCGGACCACGCGCUUGUCUUUAUGAUUAAAGGCGUUAAACAGAAUUUCAAGCAGCCCAUAGCCUAUUACUUUACAUCUAGGCUGAAUAAGACCGAAUUAAAAAAUAUAAUAACUACGGUCAUACAAUAUGCUCAAGACUCUGGUCUAAUCAUUGUGAAUACAGUGUGUGAUCAGAGCACCGUAAAUGUUGGUGCAAUCACUGAGCUUGUAACUGAAACGAAAGCUAAAUAUUUGAGACGUGGUAAGGAAUGGCGUUACGACCAUAUGUCUAUAGAUAGAAAAAAAAUUGUACCAUUGUUUGAUGUACCCCAUUUAAUAAAGGGAAUAAGAAAUAAUUUAUUAAAUAAAGAUUUAGUGUAUACAUCGAACAAUGUGCAAAAAACUGUGAAAUGGGAGUAUUUCCAAAAACUAUAUGCGGCAGACAAAUCUUAUGGGGAAUUACGCCUAUUAGACAAACUCACAGAAGAACACAUAAAUCCCGAAAAAAUUAAUAAAAUGAGGGUAAAAACAGCAACACAACUUUUCAGCCAUAGUGUUGCUGUAGCAACUGAACAUUUGUCUGCUAGAGGAGAUCUCCCAGAAAGCUGUAAGCAAUUAAUUGAUAUAACGCUAUUAUUCGAUAAUUUGUUCGACAGUCUUAACGUCAGUACCUUACACGUUCCCAAUGGGAAAAAAUAUAAAGGGCCUAUAAAAAGGCACUCGCCUCACCACGAGCUGUGGAUAAAAGCAAAAAUUAUUUUAAAAACAAUCAAAUUUACUUACAUAAAAUCGACCGGAAACAAAUCUCGAUUGAUCGAAACAAACAUACCAUCUAUAACAAAUUUGAUUAAAACUAUUGAAGGUAUGGAGGCUAUUUGGAAUAUUGUAUCCCAAAGAUACGGUUUUGAUGCACUUUUAACAAGAAAUUUUAAUCAGGAUCCGGUCGAAAAUUUCUUUGGGAAUAUCAGAAGCUAUGGGGCAAGAAAUAAUGCACCUAAUUCGGUAGCUUUUGAAGGUGCUUUUAAGGCACUACUGUUAAAUAAUUAUAGUUCCCCUCAUUCAGGCAGAGCAAACUGCGAGGAAGACUCUAACAAAUGUCUUCAAACAUUAGAGUUUUUUUUAACAGAAAAGUCAACGCCCCAUGCUUUUGAUGCUCCCAAAGAAAACGAGGCCAUCGAAUAUAAUGAAAAUGUUUUAAAUGUUAGUAGAGAAAGUGAUGCAGGCCAAAGAAAUUAUGUAUGUGGCUGGGUCCUGUCGAAAUGUUUAAAAAAUAUUGUAAAAAAUUGUAAAAACUGCAGACAAAACCUAAUAGAUCAUGGGGACAAUCAUGGUAGAAAUAAAUUCAUUAGAGCCAAAGAAUACGCUAACAAGAAAUGGUUAUGUUACCCAAGUGAAGAGUUAGAAAAUAGCUUUCAUGAUCUUCAAAAUAUAGCAACAUGAUAUUUAAAAAAUAAUGUACCGAAACAGAACAUUAAAAGAAAUAUCAAAUUGUUAGCAGAUGUGAUGGUUGAAUAUCCUUUUAACUGCACCACGCAUAUUGAAAAAUUAAAAGAAUAUUUUAUAAACGUUACUCUUAAUGUUUUAUUAUAUAGCUGGUGUAGAUCGAUCAAUCGAAUUUUGUCCGGAAAGUUAAAUUAUGUAGGUGACGAUGAAACUAAAAUAGCUGCUCAAAAAUAUUAUGACAAACAUAAAUGUUAUAAAAAUAAAAAGUAAUAUUGUGUUAA